UAGAACGUGGACAAGCUGUGUGGUGUGGUUAGAGUAUAUACAGUUUAUAUCUAUAUAUAUCUGUAUAUAUAUAUAUAUAUACAGAUCAAAAUGAUGGGUUUCCUCUCAGGUGUGAGGGCACUGCACAUGUCUGGCUGGAUAUUGGUCAUCUGGUGCCUUUCGGCUGCAAGCAUCGCAGGCAGUCAGGAUGUAAAGCUGCAGGUCACUCCACAUGUGGUGUCAAAGUGUGGAGAAAAUGUGACCCUGACGUGCACUGUCAGCUCAUCACACCAGUUGGAUAUUAAAUUAUUUUCCUGGAACUUCAAAAAGAAACUUGUGUGUCAGGAUGGAGGAAACCAAUCUGACGCUGGGGCUGUGUGUGAAAGCACGGCAGACGCUUCCCAUCACAAUCUCACUCUGACUCUCAUGAACGUGAUGCCGGUCAACACGGGAAAAUACCUCUGCAAGCUGCGUUCUCAAGUGGAAGCAAAACAUGGCUCAACUAAUGUUACAAUACAAGAUUGCCUUGAAAAAACUGGAAUUAACCUCAUUAAUGGGUCUCACAUCGGGUGCUGGUUCACUGGAGUUUAUCCCAGCAGCACCAUCCACUGGUUCAGCGGAGACAUGAACUUAACAGACUCUGCCAGCACGAAGGAGGAAGAGGACCAACAUGGCCGCUUCAGUGUUUGGAGUGACAUAAAUGUGCAGAAAAGAGACGUCAGCCUGUCAUAUAACUGCUCACUGUGGAUGCCCUCAAAGGGGGAGUAUUUCUCCAGUAGCCUGUUAAUUGUUCCGAGUCAGAUAAAGUCAUCGGGAAGCACUGUCAGACUGCAGUGGAUCUGUGGUGUGGUUUGGAUAAUAUACAUUUUAGUUGGAAAAGCAGAAGUAUGAACAGAUAAUUGGUUCAAAAAACAAUAUAUUCAUAUUGGGUCAAAUAAUUCAUGUAGAUUAAGCUUAGCUUAAUUAUCCCAGAAUUACCACAGAAUUGGGUGAGUUUUGUUUUUGACAUUUCUUACAUUCGGGCUCUUAAGUGCAAACUGUCUAUUUUCACUAAAUAGCGAAUAUCAGGAGGAAGCCGGUCCAUUUGUUUAGUGGUUAAAAUGAACUCUCAUCCUUGAACAGAUGCUAACACUCGUGGCACAGAUCCUUAAAACCAAAAAAGUUCCCAAUUCAAUGGCAGCACAGCGUUCACUGUUUCUUAGCAAUGCAUGCAGUCAAACAGGGUGUAGAUGUGAUUUAGGAGGUCGUGCUAUUCUGAGCACUAUUCUCUAUAAAAGUAAAGAGACAACUUGUCGCGACUGGUGCACGGCAUAAAUGUACAGAAAAACAAUAUUAAAUGUUCACAUGAAAUAAAAGAAUACACUGGCAAAAUGUGCUUCAAGUAAAACAUACAUUUCCAUUGCUUUGUUCAUUUAUGAAAAAAGAAAUGUACAGAAAUGUUGUGUAGUGCAGUUUUUUUUUAAAUGCCUUUUUAUGUUCUAAUUACAGUGUACGACAUUGUAAUAAAAGUGAU